AUGGAACUUCAAACUGAAAAUCAGAAAACUGGUGCCAUUGCAAGUGCCCCUGCCUCAAACCCCCCAACAUCCGGCACCGAAACUAAUGCAACCACCGCAACCGUCACCGAAAGCACUAACCCAGAUACUUCGAAUAACCCUCCAGGACAAUUUCCUGUCAACCCAACUGCCAUGCCGUCAACUAUCAACCCCGUGAUCACUAAUUCUCAGCCUGAGAACUUCAUCACCACUUUCCCCAUCCCUGCCCCUCCAGUGGCAACCGCCGCAACAUCAUCCAUCCCCCCAAAGACUUUAUGGAUGGGUGACAUUGAUCCUUACUCAGAUGAAGAAACUAUCGGUCAGAUCUGGUCCAAUUUGGGUAAGAAUGUUCUAGUUAAGCUCAUCAAGGCCAAAAAGGGCACCCCUGCCGCCGCUUUGAAUACCGGUCAUGCCGGGUAUUGUUUUAUCGAAUUCGAUACUCACGAGGAAGCAAUGAUGGCCCUUUCACUCAACGGUACUAAAAUCCCUAACCUGAAUAAUCGUGUCUUUCGUCUUAACUGGGCUAGCAGCGCCACCCUCAGUACCCCGAUCCCUCAAAGCCCGGAAUACUCACUUUUUGUCGGCGAUUUGGCUCCGACAACCACCGAAGCUCACUUGCUUUCGCUAUUCCAAGCACAUUUCAAGACUGUCAAAACAGUCCGAGUCAUGACUGACCCAACCACCGGCGCUUCAAGAUGUUUUGGUUUUGUUAGAUUUAGCGAUGAGCUGGAACGUCGUGAUGCCUUGAUAAAAAUGCAAGGUAUCUGGUGCGCAGGCAGACCUCUUCGUGUGGCCUUGGCCACCCCACGUAAUGCUAGCGUUUCCAACGUCAAUGCUGCUGCCGCUGCCGUCAAUAUGAUGGGAGGUCCUCCAGUGGGAAUCCCUGGAUCGUUUUCUCAAGAUAUGAUGAUGUAUAACCCAUACGGGGCUAAUCCAGCCAUGGCGGCUGCAGCAAUGCAACAAUACUAUGGCGGUCCUUCGAACACCCCUGGUCAAGGCGGCCUAAAUAGUGGAAAUAACUCGGGCGGAAAUUAUUCCGGGGGCUUCUCGGACCCUAACAACACUACAGUGUUCAUUGGAGGUUUAGCUUCAGGGGUUCCAGAACUGACAUUGCUUUCCCUUUUUCAGCCUUUUGGUGCUAUUAUUCACGUUAAGAUACCACCAGGCAAAGGCUGUGGAUUUGUCAAGUUUAGAACCAGAGAAGAUGCCGAGGCUGCUAUUGCCGGCAUGCAAGGAUUUGCCAUUGCUGGUAGUAGAGUUCGUCUCAGUUGGGGAAGAUCUCAAAAUCCUGCAAGAGGUAACGGAAAUAAUGGCAAUGGUGGCAGCAGUAACGGUAUGAAUGGCCGUAAUGGUAAUAGUGGUGGGUCAAUGGGAGGAUUUGGUUCUCUUGGAGGUUAUGGUGCCAAUGGGUCAGGUAUUAAUUCUGGAAUUGGUGCCAUGUCUUCUUCUUUAGGCGGCGCUAAUUCUCUUAUGAAUUCUGGUCUUGGAUCCACCGCCAAUGUAUUAUCUAACCCAGGCUUAACUGCGUCUCCUUCUGGUGGGAUUGGUGCUGGGGAGAUGAUGAUGCCAAACACUUUACAAGCCUAUAAUCCUUCUAACUACUAUGGAUCUCCACAAUCCAUGGCAAUGAACUUGAUUGCUGCUAAUGCUGCGGCUGCUGCAGCAGCUGGUAUGGGUGGUAUUGGCGGGCCAACUGGAGCUGGCGGUGAAAUGAUGUUUGGAUUAGGAGGCGGAGGUCCAGAUAUGUUAAAUGGUGCAGGUGACUUUAUGUAUGGUGGUAUGGGGGGAUAUUAUGGAAAUCCAGAAGGUGAUUACGAAGAUGAUGAAAGAGAAGAACAGAACGAAGAACAGAAUUAA